GGUCUUUGCUGUUCGGUGGGCUCUCUACCUUUAUUCUGGCACUGCUGACUCCCCGGCUGCUAUGUCUUCCAUCUUGCAGCCGUUUGCUGUCACGGAGGGGCCUUGCGAGUUGUCGCGGCCAGCAGUGAAUGGGGGCAGGCGGGUGGUCUCCAGGUCCCUGGCUGCUGCUGCACCAGGAGGAGGUGGAGGGAAAAUCACACACCCUGGCAAAGCCAUACUGGCUGGUGGAAUCGCAGGAGGCAUUGAAAUCUGCAUCACCUUCCCGACAGAAUAUGUCAAGACCCAACUUCAACUGGAUGAGCGGGCCAAUCCUCCUCGGUAUCGGGGAAUAGGGCACUGUGUCACCCUCACGGUACAGGAUCAUGGAGUCAGAGGGUUAUAUCGCGGUCUUAGCUCAUUGCUAUACGGAUCCAUCCCCAAGUCUGCCGUCAGAUUCGGCACAUUUGAGUACCUCAGUAACUAUGCAAGGAGUUCCUCAGGGAAAUUGGAUGGAAAGACCAGUUUUCUGUGUGGUUUAGGGGCUGGUGUUUCAGAGGCUAUUCUGAUCGUAUGUCCAAUGGAAACUAUUAAGGUGAAGUUCAUACAUGACCAGGCCUCCUCUACACCCCGGUACCGUGGCUUCGUCCAUGGAGUGCGGGAAAUUAUCAGAGAGCAAGGGCUACGUGGGACAUAUCAAGGACUAACCCCCACUAUUUUAAAGCAGGGCUCCAACCAGGCAAUCCGGUUCUAUGUCAUGACCUCACUACGUAACUGGUACUUAGGUGACGAUCCUCAUAGAACGAUGAAUCCAAUUGUCACAGGAGUGUUUGGUGCCAUUGCUGGGGCUGCCAGUGUCUUUGGUAAUACACCGCUAGAUGUCAUCAAGACCAGGAUGCAGGGUUUGGAGGCUCACAAAUAUAAGAACACUUUAGACUGUGCAAGCCAAAUACUUCGCAAUGAGGGACCCCUGGCGUUCUACAAGGGCACAGUGCCACGUUUGGGCAGAGUGUGUCUGGAUGUUGCCAUCGUCUUUGUAAUCUAUGAAGAAGUAGUUAAAGUUCUUAACAGAGUUUGGAAGACCUCCUAACAUCACGUGACUUGAAGAGCCGCGCUCAGCCGUGUGGCAGGACGUUUUCUAUCUUUAAUUUUACCCCCAACUUGACUGGAUUGUAAAUUAUCACAAAAUGUCAUUUUAACCUGUACUUAUUGUAUGGUAAAUGUGUGUGUUAAUGUCUGGACUUGCCUUAAAUCUGCCAAAUAUCUUGCAGUCAUUGUCAGAUACCUUACUGUGGGAUUAGCUACUGUAAAACUAGACUCGAAAUAAUGUUUAUGUGGAUCUGAUCCAUUCACGUGGCAGAUGCACAAACCCACCCAGCAUAUAUCAGGGGCCACCUAUCAAUCCACCAGAGGUGUCUGGCAGCAGCUUUUUCCUAUCUCCCUACUGAAAUCACAUAUGUGCUCGGCAGAGCUGAACGUAUAGUAUAUUAGGAAGUCAGAGAGAGCUGUCUGCUGACUCUGUAUGGGCACCUUAGUCCAGCUUAAAGGAUAAUUGUCAUUUUUAUUUGCUAGUUUAUUAGAGCUAGGCAUGUAUACUUGAGUUAGUCAGUCAAUGAUUGUCAAAAGAUCUGUAAUUACCUUAUAAUAACA